AUGAGAGACAAGACUAUAUCAAUCUAUUCAUUACUCAGUGAGGGCAAUGAGGAUGCUACAAAAGAAGAAAACGCUUCUGUCGCGUCUGUGUCAACGCGUCUCGAAGAUAUCAAGCCUAAUGAGGCUAAUAUCGGAUUAACACUCUCUUCACCAUCUCCACCAGAAGAAUUUUCUCAGAAUCAUCAAGAGAGCCCGACUACGUUAUAUGAUCCCAUUACAAAUACUAUAAGAGAUCUAGUAGAUGAGUCCGUUUCUGAAAGUAUCAAGAUCUCCGCAAAAGAAUCGAGCCGUCGCCUAAAGAUGUCCCUUAGUGAGAUGAUGAAUGCUCCCGCUCAAAUUCAGCCUUCAGAUAGUGAAGUGAUAAUAGGGAGCGUGGCAUUAGCAUCAGGUCAGACGCCUGCUGAGACGAAGCCUGAAUCAACUCCACUCAAACCGAGUACUAGGCCUUCCUCAGCCUCUGAAUCAACUCCACUCAAGCCGAGUGCUAAACCCUCCUCAGCAUCUGAAUCAACUCUACUCAAGCCGAAUACUAAACCCUCCUCAGCCUCUGAAUCAGCUCCACUCAAGCUUAGUAUUAAAUCCACCUCGGCCUCCAAAUCACCAACUAAAACAGAUUCUAGAUUCAGCCCCAGAAAGAGUCGAAGAGCCCUGAAAUUGGUGAAGAAGGGCUCUGGUGGUUUACUGAGAACCACUUCUGGUGCUGGACUUAUAAAGCAAGGAAGUUCGUUGGAUGGCUCUGAAACUGAUGUGUUGGAGGAGGAUGCUGAUCCGGUUGAUGCAUCCAAGCGUAAAGAGCCUCAGCUGCCGAUUAUCUGCGUGGAUGUUCCUAUCGCACGACCCGGUUCAAAAUUUAACGAGUCGAAGGUCACGUUUAAUGUCACCAGUAUUUGCGAAGAUAAGUACGGAUUCAAUGCUCUCAAUCCCGGUAAUAGAUUUGCAUUGGAUUUGGAUGACGAUGUUGAAGACGAUGAUGCCGGAGAUGAUGACGAUAUAGGUGUCAAUGCGACAUCUAGUACUACCGCUGGUGUUGCCGGUGCCUCGCGUCCUGGUACUGAAUCAGGUAUUCUUGCCGGCGCGGAUGACGAUUACGAGAAUGCGGAUGACAUAGUUCGUCAGCUCAACCUCAAGUUUGAACCAGGAAUGAACGACGAAGAGAAGGAAGAUUUGGUGUUGAAAGAGCUACAUCGACGCAGGAUGGAAGAUAAUAAGCGUAUCGGCAAGUACAAUGUAGAGGAUCCUUUUAUUGACGAUGAAGAGCUCCAAUUUGAGGAGCAAACAAAGAAUAACAAGGAUGGUUUCUUUGUAUAUUAUGGACCCUGGAUAGAGCCUGAAACUUUUAAGGGGAAGAGAAGAAUGGCGGCAGGUGUAGCUAGCAAGCGAAGAAGAAUACCUGCUGGCCCAAAUGUUAUCGCUAUCCACUCUCCUAGUCCGUCCAGAAGUGUAUCUGCCCGCAGUAAUACCAGCAGAUCAAACUCCGACAAGAGCAGACAUCAUGAAAGUGACCCGGAUCGAGGUAAAUCUGAAAAACCGAGAACUGAGCCUAAAGAAGCUUCCAAGAUUAUUGUUGGUAAGCCUGUGAUUGUUGGCUCGAAGCCAGUCAUUGCCACAGAUUCUACAAAUGACAACAAGAUCAUCAUUGGAUCUCUUCCAGUUUUAUAA